AUGUCCGCAGAUCAGCAUACUUCAAAUAUUGAAAGCCUUGAAAAUACGUCAGAUUUUUUAGACACUUUCAAACAGUUGCAGGAAGGUGAGAAGACGGCAGAAAAACUUGAAAAGAUGCUUGAUCAGCUGGAAGGAAAGCUAGAUGACCUUCUUUCGCAAACCCAGGAUGUUUCUAAUGGUGGUGAGAAAUCGAAUGGCAAGAUAGAUUCCAUGAGCGAUGAAUGA